AUGCAGAUAAAAUUUACCCCUGCGGUGGAAAAAGCUAUUGCGGAGGUCUUUCCCCCGCGUGACACCUUCGAUUCUUCUACCUUUGAUCCCAUUGAGUACCUUAACAACCAUUUUCCCGAUGAGUACAGUCUGUCGGAACUACCAGCAUUUUGCGAGGAAAACAAAAAACGCCUCCGGAAGGCCGAGAAUGAGUUGCUUAAGGCAGUGGAAGCGCAGACCGUGAACGCAAUGAACUCUGACAAGGAUCUGCGAAACGCGCGGACAGCUGUCGCAGAUCUGUACGAUCGUGUUGCUGACAUCAAAGCUAAGGCAACCAAAAGCGAAAUUACCAUAAAGGAUAUGUGUCAACAUAUUUAUGAAUUGGAUAUCGCCAAGAAAAAUUUAACAGCCAGCAUAAACACGCUCCGAUCGGUGCAACUAUGGAUGCUACAGCUUCAGGCCCUAUCGUCAUCGUUUGAGCGUCACAAGUUUACGCAGUGUCGGGAUGCGCUAGAGGAAGCGCAAAGGUAUGCUGCGCAGUUCACUUCCAUGAAGAAUAUUCCGAAGGUAAAGGAACUAAAUGACAAGCAAACUCAAUUAUGUCAGAGGAUUGAGUACUAUAUCCGCCAUACGAUUUUUGGUGAUAUUAGACUUGAGAAUAUUGAUACGGAUGUGAUGGCGAAGGCUUGCGCGAUUGUGGACUUGAUGGGGCCCAAUAGUAUUAAAAAAAUUCGGGAUCGAUUCGUUGAAAAGUCACUAGAGCCGUACAUCCUUCGCUUCAAACGCGGCACCGACGAUUCAAGGCUUGAGCGCACGGAACGUCGCUAUGUUUACAUCCGCACUCUGUUGGAAAAAUACGACAGAGUUUUUAAAAAUGUGUUUCCUCAGCACUGGUGUGUACCACAGGAGCUUUGCGUCACCUUUUGCCUACGCACGAAGCAGGAGUUAGACUACCUACUUCAAAACACUGCCGGGAGUAUCGACGUAGUGGUGUUGAUGUAUCUUUUACAGAAAACCAUCGAUAUCGAGCGUGACAUGACGCAAAUGACGGCCUGGAAGGAAGAUUUUCCGGGACGGCAUGAGCUUCCUGUCUACAGAUACAAUGGCCUUAUUUUGUUAGCUUUUAAGGAUCACAUUGGGAUUUUCGUAGAAAAUGAAGACAAACUGAUGCGCGAAGCCCUCGCUCAGUCCCUUGUUGGUGAGGGUGAGAACACAUGCAUAGGAUGGAACGGGGAGGAGGACGUCCGACAGGGGACGGUGCUCCCGCUUGCAGAUGAUAUUUUUGUAUUUAUUAAAGAGAGUCUCAAGCGGACGCUUCGUAUAUCACAGCAGGAUGUACUUCUCGAUGUGGCGAAAGUUUGGCGCAAACACCUUAUGAGUUUUUCUAGGAUGAUUAUGGCGGUUCUCUCAAGUCCAGCGGUGAGCCCACUCGAUGUCCGCCGCACGUGUAUUAUUCUUAACACAGCGGACCUCUGCCAAUCCACAUGCAAGGGUCUCGGUGAGGAAAUCUGUGCCCGCAGUGAGACUCCAGCAAGUGAAGUCGCCUUUGAAGAAGUCGUCACUGCUUUUUAUGAGUUGUAUAACAAAUCUAUUCAAGCUAUUGUGUUGGGUCUAGAGUUUAGCCUGACGCCUUUGCUAAACGAAUACGGAAAUGGCGUCUUUAUCGAGGAUUGGGCCGACAGCGAGUCUGGAGCACAAGACGAGUCUAAGCUAAUACGCUCCAUUAUAACUACCCUACGUGAACUUGUUCUAAACUGCGCGGUUGUGCUGCCAACAAGGGUCCUUCGAUUCCUUCUCGAUAAGGUGGCCGCCAGGAUCAUCCCCCAAUACAGAAACACUUUAUAUCGUUUGAAGUACUUGACGAAUGAAGCGGUGGGAGCUAUGCGUGUAGACUCCGCCGCCCUUGAGAAAACUUUCUUGCAGCUUCCUAACUACAACGACCCCCAGCGUUUCCAAGCUCACACACUGACUGGCUACAUGAAACUAGUGCGGCGUGAGUUCGAUGAGCUCAAUCGAGCUCUUCGGAUUUUGCAGGUGGAUGUGUUCAGUGAGGCGUUCCUGGAAGUAUACUAUGAGGUUUCAUUACCAGAGGAUCGUUCCAUUCAGAACUUUGUGCGCUUGGUUGAGUUAAAGGGGCGUAAACGGGACGAGGUGCGACCUUGGAUCGCCAGUUUAUCGAAGCGUGGUGUAGUAGAGGCAACUAAACGGGAUUUGGUGUGUACAGAGUCGUAUCCUAUAGCCAUCGGUACCACAUCGAGUGCAGUGAACGAAAGUGGUGACACAGAAGCAAACGCUGCCGGCGGGCUCAUCUUAGGCAUGCUUUUUUCGUGA